GGAGGCCGCUCGCACCCAGCCCGCUCGCCGAAACUCGAACACAAAUCGAUACCCGCCCGCUCAAAUCACUCGAUCCCACACACGUGACGAUUAUCAUCAUAAAACAAACAAAAGACAAUCGCCAAACAUGUAGCAACUUCACACUCCCGCCACUAAUUGCACCGCAAACGUACGCCAGCGAAAAAUGAACGCCGUGACAAGUGAAUGUGAACUGUGUUUUGUAUACGCAAUGCCAAGUUAAUUAGUGAUUAAUGCCUGUGCCCGCUUUUAGAGGCUUCUGACGGCGUGGAAGUGCCGAUACCUAGCAGAAUGAGAGGGGCAAAAGCGGUUUUCCUCAUUUUAUUUUUCGGCCAUCUUUCCGCUCUACCCGACACCAUAAGAAUAGGUGGGUUAUUUCAUCCUGAAGAUGACAAACAAGAGGUGGCCUUCCGUUAUGCGGUUGAGAGGGUGAAUGCCGACCGGGCAGUGCUGCCCAGGGCCAAAUUGCUAGCCCAAGUGGAAACCAUAUCGCCGCAAGACAGCUUCCAUGCUUCCAAAAGAGUGUGCCACCUCCUACGGAGUGGAGUCGCAGCCAUAUUUGGCCCGCAAUCAGCGCCAGCUGCUGCUCACGUCCAGUCCAUCUGCGACACCAUGGAACUGCCCCACUUGGAGACCAGGUGGGACUACAGGACGAGGAGAGAAUCUUGUCUGGUCAACCUCUAUCCACACCCUGCAGCGUUAAGUCGGGCCUACGUGGACCUCGUAAGAGCAUGGGGAUGGAAAUCGUUUACCAUAGUUUACGAGAACAGCGACGGUUUGGUUCGGCUUCAGGAGCUACUCAAAGCCCACGGGCCUUCCGAAUUACCUGUGGCUGUCAGGCAGUUGCCGGAUUCACAUGAUUACAGGCCACUUCUGAAACAAAUAAAAAAUUCAGCGGAAUCACAUAUUGUGCUCGAUUGCGCGACGGAAAGGAUCAGAGACGUUCUCCAGCAAGCGCAACAGAUUGGUAUGAUGUCCGAUUACCAUAGCUACCUUAUCACCUCCCUGGAUCUUCACAGUGUAGACUUGGAGGAGUUCAAAUACGGCGGCACGAAUAUAACCGCGUUGAGAUUACUCGAUCCUGAGCGAGCUGACGUUCAAAGAGUAAUACGGGACUGGGUUUAUGACGAGGCUAGGAAGGGCCGUAAACUACAACUGGGACACACUUCAGCCAAGGAAAAUAUGACAUUUAUAAAGACAGAAACGGCUCUCAUGUAUGAUGCAGUACAUUUGUUCGCGAAGGCUCUGCACGAUCUCGAUACGUCGCAACAAAUUGAUGUGAGACCCCUCUCGUGCGAGGCUGAAGACACGUGGCCCCAUGGGUAUAGUCUCAUCAAUUACAUGAAAAUCGUGGAAAUGAAAGGCUUAACUGGAGUUAUAAAGUUCGACCACCAAGGGUUCAGAAGCGACUUCACUUUGGAUAUAAUUGAACUGACAAGGGACGGUCUACAGAAAGCAGGCACUUGGAACUCAUCAGAAGGCGUGAACUACACAAGGUCGUACGGAGAAAAUCAGAAACAAAUAGUGGAGAUACUGCAGAAUAAGACCCUUAUCGUAACGACAAUUUUGAGUGCGCCGUACUGUAUGAGAAAAGAGGCGAGCGAGAAGCUGACUGGAAACGCACAGUUCGAGGGCUACGCCAUUGAUCUCAUUCACGAGAUAUCUAAAAUUCUGGGAUUCAAUUAUACAUUCAAGUUGGCGCCUGACGGUCGAUACGGCUCCUACAACCGAGAGACCAAAGAGUGGGACGGCAUGAUAAGGGAGCUGUUGGAACAAAGGGCCGAUGUUGCUAUCGCUGACCUCACCAUCACUUACGACAGGGAGCAAGUGGUCGAUUUCACGAUGCCCUUCAUGAAUCUUGGCAUCUCGGUGCUGUACCGCAAGCCUAUUAAGCAACCGCCGAACUUGUUCUCGUUUCUCUCGCCCCUCUCGCUCGACGUUUGGAUCUACAUGGCUACUGCUUACUUGGGAGUCUCCGUUUUGCUUUUCAUACUGGCCAGGUUUACUCCGUACGAGUGGCAUCAAACACACUCACCCGAAGGCGAGAAAUUGGAAAACAUUUUCUCUCUCGCCAACUGUUUAUGGUUUGCCAUCGGAUCUCUCAUGCAGCAGAGCUGUGAUUUCUUGCCCAAGUUCAGUCCGUACGAGUGGGACACCCCAAGGAACUGUCUAGACGAGCCGCCGAUGCUGGAGAAUCAGUUCACUCUGUUGAACUCGCUGUGGUUCACUAUCGGAUCCUUGAUGCAGCAAGGUUCGGAUAUCGCACCGAAGGCUGUUUCAACAAGAAUGGUAGCUGGAAUGUGGUGGUUUUUCACCCUGAUAAUGAUCUCGUCGUACACCGCCAACUUGGCGGCGUUCCUCACAGUCGAGAGAAUGGACUCCCCCAUCGAAAGCGCGGAGGACCUGGCCAAACAAACCAAGAUCAAAUACGGCGCUCUGAAAGGGGGCUCCACGGCUGCUUUCUUCAGGGACUCAAACUUCUCUACAUACCAACGCAUGUGGUCUUUCAUGGAGUCGGCCCGGCCAUCCGUUUUCACCAGCAGUAACAAGGAAGGAGAAGAAAGAGUGAUGAGAGGAAAGGGAUCCUACGCAUACCUGAUGGAGUCUACAACAAUAGAGUACGUGGUGGAAAGGAACUGCGACCUGACGCAAGUUGGUGGUAUGCUCGACUCAAAGGGAUAUGGAAUCGCCAUGCCCCCAAAUUCACCCUACCGCACGGCUAUAAGUGGAGCAGUUUUAAAAUUGCAAGAAGAAGGAAAAUUGCACAUCCUGAAGACGAAAUGGUGGAAAGAAAAGCGUGGUGGAGGGUCUUGUAGAGACGAUACAUCGAAGUCUUCAUCGACGGCCAACGAGCUUGGGCUGGGCAACGUUGGCGGCGUUUUCGUGGUGCUGAUGGGUGGCAUGGGCGUCGCGUGCGUCAUCGCCGUCUGCGAGUUCGUGUGGAAGUCUCGCAAAGUUGCUGUGGAUGAACGGAAGGAAGAGGCGUCUCUAUGUUCUGAAAUGGCUUCAGAGCUGCGUUCUGCUUUGAAAUGUCCCAGUGGCGCUGGCAGCGGCGGGACACCGGGCAACCAGCGGGACGGGACGGGCUCCCCGUACCUGCACUACGGGUUUAGCACCAAGAGUCAGCUUCACUAGCGCCCGGACCCCGCCUCCUCGCCCCCCAGCGAUGUGUAGGCAUAGACAACAAUGAGCUAGUGAACUAACCAGUGAGCUAGUGAACUUACCAGUGAGCUAGUGGACUAACCAGUGAGCUAGUGAACCUACCACUCUCAACUUUGUGACAAGUGAAAAUGGUGAAUGUAAAUAAAUCUCAUAUCUCAUAGGGCUAACGUUGUUGUGAGUUAAUUAUUAAUUUAGAACUGUAAAUAGUCACGUCUCUGUAAGUGUCGGAUUAACAGUAUUAUUUACAUGCCAAAUUGAUAACUAUGUGCCAAUGAUCUCAUAGGUAAUAUGAGCUGUUUUGGUUUAAAAUUUAAGAGUAAAAUAAACAGUAGUUGAUGUUUUAUAUCUAUAAAUCUAUUAGAGUAUAAAAACAUUUCAUAUAACGUUUAAAGUUGGAUAGACGUAAUACCUAUUUGACAGUAAAUUUCCAGAAUUUUAUGGUAACGUUACACAAUUUAUAAAAAUAAAUACAUAACAAAGUAUUAUUUAGGUGUUUAUACCCUACACAUGACUGAUUUUGUUUUGUUAUUAUUAUUUUUGCCUUCUGGCAUAUUUAUAUUGUAAUUGUAUAAAAGCUUAUGAUAAAGCUAUUGUAAAUAAAUCUUUCCAACAUACAGAAUGUACUGCCACCCUAAUUAUUAAGUUAUUGUUUAUAAAACUUGCAUUUGCGAUCAUUUUUAUGUAAGACAUGUAAACUACGACCUAAAUACGUUUAUUAUCAAAACGAGUGCCAAUAUCAGAAAAACUUUAAAUAAGAUUUCAAAUAGAAAUCGAGCACGAAGAACUCAA